AUGGCCAUCGGAUCACUCACCUCAAAGUCAUACGCUUUUCCUCUCAAGCCCAAGGACUAUGCCGCAAAGCCUCUUCCCUCUCUGCAAGAAUGGAAAGACUUGUGGGCAGCAUGGCAUCUUGUUUCGACAAAGAUGAUUCCCGCUGAUGCCUUGAUGGAGCAGCCAAUUCCUCUUCGGAACCCUCUGCUCUUCUACCUUGGUCACAUUCCAGCGUUUGAAGACAUUCAUCUCACACGAGCUAUGAAUGGCAAACCUGUCGAACCAGCCGUCUAUCAUGACUAUUUUGGAAGAGGCAUCGAUCCUGAUGUGAACGACCCUACCCAGUGUCAUGACCACAGCGAACUUCCAAAGACGUGGCCUUCGCUGCAGAAUAUCCUUGAUUAUCGUCAGCGUGUCAACCAGAGGAUUAUUGGCUUAUAUGAUGAUCCAAACACAUUUGGUAACCGAACUAUCGAGCGGGCUCUCUGGAUUGGAUUUGAGCAUGAAGCCCUUCACCUUGAGACAUUUCUAUACAUGACUCUUCAGAGCCCCAAUAUAAAGCCUCCACCAGGUCCAGCUCCCAACUUCGCAGCCAUGGCCGAGAAAGCCCGCCUUGAACGUGUCGAGAACCAAUGGUUCCAAAUCCCUGCUCAGGAGUUUACUAUUGGUUUUGAUGAUCCGGAGAGUGACGAUGGCCCUGAUCGGUUCUUUGCUUGGGAUAAUGAGCGUGAGCCUUAUUCUGUCGCCAUGCCCGAGUUUGAGGCUCAGGCUCGUCCGGUGUGCAAUGAGGAGUAUGCGACCUACCUUGUCUCAACGGGCAAAACAGAGACGAUACCAGUUUGCUGGACCAAGCUCCCCAAAUCAGGUGCCAACGGUGCUGCUGGUAAUGGACAUGCCGUUAGUGGUGCCAACGGAGUCAAUGGUCACUCCACUAAUGGCAACGGAGUCAAGAAUGACGCUCUCCAGCAAUUCAUCAACGCCCACGCCAUCAAGACUGUCUAUGGCCCUAUCCCUCUAACCCUAGCUCUAGACUGGCCCCUCAUGUCCUCAUACCAAGAAGCUGAAGACUAUGCCAAAUGGGUCGGUGCUCGAAUCCCAACUAUGCACGAGGUGCGCAGCAUCCACGAGCAUGCCGAGAAGCAAAAGAAGGCUACUUUUGAGCAUAACGACAUUGAAGUUGAGAACAAGAGACUUGAUCCCGAGGAGAUCUUUGUUGAUCUUACAGGUUGCAAUACUGGACUCCAGAAUUUUCAUCCUACUCCUGUGACUCAGAACGGUGGACGUCUGUCAGGUCUGGGAGAUAUGGGCGGCGCUUGGGAGUGGUCAAGUUCGUGGUUUGCCCCUCAGCCGAACUUUAAGCCUAUGGACAUCUAUCCUGGCUACAGUGCUGAUUUCAUGCAUGGAAAGCACAAGGCUAUUACUGGUGGAUCGUGGGCUGUUCAUCCACGAAUUUCGGGACGCAAGUCAUUUCAGAACUGGUGGCAGGUGGAUUACCCCUAUCCUUGGGUCACUCCCCGUCUGGUGAGAGAUAUCAACAAGAACUGA